AUGGCGAUGGAUCAAGUAGCGACGUUGGUGAUUGGGGAUUCCCCGGCUGAUCAUGAAUUAAAGGACAUGAUCGAUUUCUUCGGAUUAUCCGAUAAGAGAAUUACAGUGCAAUUAAAAAAUAAUUCGAAACAUCUUAAAGUGGAAAAGCUACCAUGCUUAAUUCUGGACGGAAAGUUGAUUUAUCAGUAUAAUGCCAUCGCGAAAUUUCUAGCUGCAAACAGCAGCAGCCACACUGGAAAAAGCGAUAUAGAAUGGAACGAAAUUUGGCAGUAUCUGGAGUACAGAUCUGCAGAUGUGCAGCCAAACACACGAGAUAAUGCUAAGAUUCAAUCCGUACUAAUGGAAAUGAAUUCUAUUUUAGCCACAAGGACAUUUGUAGUUGGAUUUAAGCAAUCUCUUGCCGAUAUUAUUUUAUACUUGGGCUUAUAUCCGAUAGCUACUUCUAUGAGUUGCGAAAGCAAACAGCGAUACAAACAUUUCUCCAGAUGGUUUGAUCAGAAUCAAUACUUAGCGGCGUCAAGCUUUCACUUAGAAAAGAUAUAUUUUCCGAAAAAAGAUGCAUGCUAUUACGAGUGCAUCGGCGUCUUAGUUCUCGAAAAACAGCUGAAAGAUUUAGCUCAAUUGUGUACAUUACGUAAUGACUCUAAAUAA